AACGCGUGCUUCAUUCUCCAGCUGAACUGGAAACAGCUCCACAAGCUCAGCUUGCAACUCUGAUGAUGGGAAGAAAUUUUUGGAGCUGUUUGAGUGAGAGGGCUGGAGCAUUUUGAGAUGUCUUAAUCCCAUAACAAAGACUGUAUCAAAGGGACUGAGCAUUAGGAAGCAUUUCAACAGGUGUCUUUGCAAAAGGAUUCUGAUUCUUCCCUCCCUCUUCCCUCCCCCUAGAAAAGCAUGUUUGGAAUAGCUGCAAAUUCAGUAUCCACCAAGUCUCCAGCGUGGACUCCAGUCAUCCUUAACUAAUAACCCCAUUGCUUUAACGAAGUCCUCGCACUUGACUGUCUUCUUGGACUUGGACAAAAAUAUUACCUCCCUUCAUCUCCUUCCUUGGAAAUGGAGUAGACUGCCUGGAGGAUUGAGAACCCUUGAACUCUAUGGGAAUUUUAUGAAAGAAAAAAUGCUACAAUUCUGCAGGUAUCUUUCGUGAGUUAUCCGGAAGCUCUGAGAACCUGAGGAGAGUGGCUGUGUGCAGGAGGACUCAAACUAGCAGUGGCUCAAGAUAGCAUUCAUCACCACAGCAGAGUUGCUGCUCCCUCUCUGAUAGCAGGAGGCUGCAGCUAGAUAAAGAGAAACAUUAAGGAGUUGCUCUGAUCUCAAGACUCCAGUUUACCUGCAAACAAUACAACACUCCAAUAUACUGAAGCAAGAAUCGGGGUCAGGCUCUGUCAUGGAAGGUGACACUUUUCUCCCCUCCAACAGCAGCUCACCAUACUCCAAGAAUGACAGCAGAAAUCGUAUCUUCAGGGAGAAGUAUACUUUUUCGUCUUACUAUCAGCACUCCUCCCCCAUAGCUGCCAUGUUCAUCCUGGCCUACAUCUUCAUCUUCCUGAUGUGCAUGAUUGGCAAUAUGCUGGUAGGCGUCAUCGUGCUGAAGAAUCGGCAGAUGCGGACCGUUACCAACAUGUUCAUUCUCAACCUGGCCAUCAGUGAUCUGCUGGUGGGCAUUUUCUGUAUGCCAACCACCCUAGUGGAUAACCUGAUCACAGGUUGGCCAUUUGACAACGCCAUGUGUAAAAUGAGUGGAUUGGUGCAGGGGAUGUCGGUCUCAUCUUCAGUUUUCACUCUGGUGGCCAUUGCAGUGGAAAGGUUUCGUUGCAUUGUUUAUCCCUUCAGACAGAAACUAACUCUGAGGAAAGCCCUAAUCAGCAUAGUUAUCAUUUGGGUCUUGGCCUUGAUAAUCAUGUGCCCCUCCGCAGUCACCUUGACAGUCAUCAGGGAUGAAUAUCAUUUCAUGGUGGAUGCAUACAACAAUUCCUAUCCGCUCUACUCCUGUUGGGAGGCAUGGCCUGACAAGGGAAUGCGAAAGAUCUACACAACCGUACUCUUUUCUCACAUUUAUGUGGCUCCUCUUACCUUAAUUGUGAUCAUGUACGCACGUAUCGCUUUCAAACUUUUCAAGUCCUCUGCACCCAUAGGAGGCUCCCAGUCAGAGGAGAAUGAGGGUAGGAGGGUCUCCAAGAGGAAAGUCAAGGUUAUCAACAUGUUAAUCAUAGUGGCAUUGUUCUUCACUCUCUCCUGGUUGCCCCUGUGGACUUUAAUGCUUCUGACAGAUUAUGGAAACCUAACUGAGUACCAGCUCAACGUGAUCACAGUUUAUAUUUUUCCAUUUGCCCAUUGGCUGGCAUUCUUCAACAGCAGCAUCAACCCAAUCAUCUAUGGGUAUUUCAAUGAGAACUUCCGAAGAGGGUUUCAGGAGGCUUUCAAGGUCCAGCUCUGCUACGUGGAGAACAAGCACAAGGAUACUUAUUCAGGGAGGAACAAUAUUGGAUUCCUUUUUGGAGCACGAAACCACAUUUUUGUUGAAGCGCACCCUAGUGAUUCAGUGCAACCCUCCCAGUCCGGACAAAGUAACCUCUCGAGAAUUGGGUUAUUUCCACUGAGGAAUGGACGUAUUGCUCACCAUGGGCUGAUGGUGGAGGACUUGGACAAUACAGGUUGUUCUCACAACAGUGUCAGUGUCCCAGCUUGGGAUGUCUAAGACUACUGCAUAUCGGGCCCCUAUAGUUGAUGGACUUUUUAGUGGACAACCUUGAAGAUCUGUGAACCAUAACAUUUGAAACUCUCUGAGGAGUAAAUUAUUUACAUUGAUGGACAUCUAGACUAAAAGUUAUUCAAUUAUAAGGACUAAAUCGCUAAAGGUUUAGAUGUUAUACAUGGUACUACAGUUACAAAGCAAAAGAGAAGGCUUUAUGUUCAAGUUUCCAGAUCUAUUAUUGUCUCCUAGACUUUCAUGUGAAUUAAGGAAUGGUUUAUGGAGGGAUUUUUAGGAUCCAGGCAUAGCAGUUAUUCAAUGGCAUAGCAGAUGGUGGUGGUAAUGCAGUGCACAGCUGACUGUUACUUGUUGGCUACCUUAUGGAAUGGACUCAAGCUGGCUGGGCUACUUGAAAGAAAGAUCGAAGACUUGGUAUUGGGAGAAAGAUAAAAGUUCAGACAGGAAUGGGAGGGAUGAAUAGGCAGUAUAUAACAAUGAAUCUCUGAACUGGAAAUAACAGAUAAUUAUUGGGAAAAAUCACAUACACCACAUGGGAGCUAAGUCUAGACCCUUGAUCGUUCAGCUCAAAAAACAAACCAACCAACCUGGCUUUUACACUGGAGCUAAGAGACCCUUCGGGUACAUCUACACUACGGGAUUAUUCUGAUUUUACAUAAACCGGUUUUGUAAAACAGAUUGUAUAAAGUCGAGUGCACGCGGCCACAUUAAGCACAUUAAUUAUGCGGUGUGCGUACCGAGGCUAGUGUCCAUUUCCUGAGAGUUGCACUGUGGGUAGCUAUCCCAUAGUUCCCGCAGUCUCCCCCACCCAUUGGAAUUCUGGGUUGAGAUCCCAGUGCCUGAUGGGCAAAAAACAUUGUCGCGGGUGGUUCUUGGUACAGCCUCACCCCUCCCUCUGUGAAAGCAGCAGACAACCUUUUCACGCCUUUUUUCCUGGGUGAACUGUGCAAACGCCAUAGCACAGCAAGCAUGGACCCUGCUCAGCUCAAGACAGCAAUCAUGGACGUUGUAAACACCUCGCGCAUUCUUGUGCAGUCUAUGCUGAACCGGAACCUGCAAAACCAGAUGAGGAGGAGGCGGCUACAGCAGCGCGGUGACGAGAGGAAUGAGGACAUGGACACAGAAUUCUCUCAAACCGCGGGCCCCUGCGCUUUGGAGAUCCUGAUGGUAAUGGGGCAGGUUGUAGACAUUGAACGCCGAUUUUGUGCCUGGGAAACAAGCACAGACUGGUGGCACCACAUAGUGUUGCAGGUAGGGGACGAUUCCCAAUGGCUGUGAAACUAUCACAUGCGCAAGGGCACUUUCAUGGAACUUUGUGACUUGCUUUCCCCUCCCCUGAAACGCCAUAAUACCAAGAUGAGAGCAGCCCUCACAG